CGCUGCCUGGCUAGGGCGCUGCCUGGUUUUAGGGCUGGGCUGGAGGGAUGACAAAGCAGAGGCGAGCCGGGCUCAGCCCUCCUCCUCCGGCUGCCCAGCGCCGCUGUUAUGGAAACCAGCCCGGCUUGCCCGAGCACAUAAUGGAGCAGCGAUGGCCAAGGCCGGCAGCAGCGGCGCAGCCCCCCAGGAGAGGCCGGGGGUCCCGGAGGGCCAGGACCCCUGGGAGCUGUCCCUGGAGGAGGUGCUGAAGUCCUACGAGCAGCCCAUCAAUGAGGAGCAGGCGUGGGCCGUGUGCUACCAGUGCUGCCGGGGGCUGGCGGGCGCGGAGGGGCGCUGGGGGCCGGCGGGCCGGAUCCGGGACACGGCGGACAUCCUGCUGCACAAGGAUGGGACGGUGACCGCCCGGGGGGAGCAGGGCUCGGCCGAGCUUCCCCUGACCCUGUCACCCUCAACGGAAGCACAGAUGGUGCAGUCGCUGGGAUUUGCCAUUUACCGGGCGCUGGACUGGGGGCUGGACGAGAGUGAGGAGCGAGAACUGAGCCCCCAGCUGGAGAAGCUGAUCGACCUCAUGGCCAACAGCGACUCUGACGACAGCGGCUGCGGCAUGGCGGACGAGGGCUACGGGGGGCAGGAUGAAGAGGAGGAGGCUGUGGAGGGGCUCCCACGAGCCGUGCGCACCUUCGGGCAGGCCAUGAGGAUGUGCGCCGCUCGCCUGACAGCCCCCCAGGAGGCACAGCAACAUUACCAGGCUGUGUGCAGGGCCCUCUUUGUGGAGACGGUGGAGCUGAAGGCUUUUCUCAGCAAGAUCCGGGAAGCUAAGGAGAUGCUGAGGAAGCUGAGGGAACAGGAGGAGGCGCAGGAGGAGAGGUCGACGGAUGAGCUCGAUAACCUGCGGAACACAGACUGGGCCCGGCUGUGGGUGCAGCUGAUGCGGGAGCUACGCGACGGUGUGAAGCUGAAGAAAGUCCAGGAGAAGCAGUACAACCCCCUACCCACCGAGUACCAGCUGACGCCCUUUGAAAUGCUGAUGCAGGACAUCCGGGCACGCAACUACAAGCUUCGCAAAGUCAUGGUGGAUGGUGACAUCCCCCCCAGGGUGAAGAAAGAUGCCCAUGAAUGCAUUCUGGAUUUUAUACGGUCACGGCCGCCACUGAAACAGGCGUCCGAGAGGCGGCUGCGCCCCAUGCCCCAGAAGCAGAGAACGCUCCACGAGAAGAUUCUGGAAGAAAUCAAACAAGAGAGAAAACUUCGCCCAGUCGAGAUCCGGCGCCAGGGUCAGAAAGGUUUUGGCUCCCUGCCCUGCAUCCUUAAUGCCUGCUCCAGCGACGUGAAGUCAACCUCCUGCAUCAACCUCUCUGUACCCGACUCAAGCACCUCCGCCCAGCGCCUGCGGCCAAGGGUUCUGCUCAAGGCUCCGACGCUGGCCGAGAUGGAGGAGAUGAAUAUCUCCGAAGAGGAGGAGUCUCCAAGCGCUGAGAUGGGGAGGGAGCCUGGCUUAGGGCUCCCCCUGAAGCGUGAUCGUUCCUUCUCUGAACAGGACCUGGCCCAGUUCCAGAGCGAGAGGGGCACCAGCCAGCCCGAUUCAGGGUUUCUGGCACCACGGGAGUCUGAGCCAAGACCCCGCUCAGGUAGCAUGAAUACUGCACGGAUCAGCAUGGAAACCAAGGGUUCGUUCCCAGCCAGUUACCACCAGAUCCCACCUAGCGCUGGUCCACUCACGGCCGACCGCGGCUCCCUCGGGGCUGUGGAGGAGAGGUCAGAGGGCAGCUCCAGCUCCACCCCAGACAGCAGCUCCAAGCAUCUGUGGCUGGUAAGUGUCCGAUUUGCAUACGUCCGAGCUGUCCGGCGCUAGAGCCCUGAGUCAUGC